AUGUGUAGCUCCGACAUCUUUCUGGCCGUCCUGGCCGUCUUUUUCCCGCCUAUCGCCGUAUGGAUCAAGAGAGGGAUCUGCACCGCAGAUUCACUCAUCAACUUUGCCUUAUUGAUACUGGGCUAUGUCCCCGGCCUCAUCCACGCUUGGUAUAUUAUCGUCCAGUAUCCCGAGCCCGAUUAUGAUGACCCAGCAUAUGCGCCUAUCCCCAAUGAUGCCGAGAAUGGUCGUGUGACUUACUACUAUGUCUCACACCAGCCUGCCCAGCGCUCCUAUGGAACCACCGACCAGCAGCCGCAAGCUCCUCAGGCUCUGCCGGCUGGAGCGGCAGGAAGUAGCCAUGGGCCAUCUCAGGGCGAGGCUCGUCCUCCAACCUACGCCGAGGCAGUGCAGGGCGACCACAAGAUCCAGACUCAGGACUAA